AUGGCUAAAUUAAGUUCUUUCUUUCGGCGCUUAUUUACUUCUACGACAUCGGAUGUUAACAGUUCAUCUUCAAUCGUAUCUGAUGGAAGGAAGAAUAUUAUUAUUAUCUCGCCAUUAACUCCAACAUGUCUGUCGAAGAAAUCUAUUGAUCAUGUUCAAAUUCGUCUCUGUCGGUCAUGUUCACCAUCACCUCGUCCGCAACAUCGUGCCAUAACAAAACAAGCAACUAUACACAUUGAUCAUUGUCAUGAUGAGAAUUCUAAUGUGAAUCUAUCGCUAUCCGAUACGACAAAAGCGACAAAUCGCCGUCUUAGUGCUCCUCUUAUUAUUCAUGCGUCGACUCAUUUUCAUCAGCGUAAACAUCGAUCUCCAGUAGUCGAUGAAAAUCUCGAAGAAGCGUUAAUCUUUCCAUUACAACGUUUAUCAUUGUCAUCGACAACAGGAAUUUCUACUCAUCAUAAUAAUAGCGUGAAUAGCAUAGGUACUAGCGCAGGUUCACCGUGUCCAUCGCCACGUCCUGGUAUUCGAUCUUCGUCACUCAAUAUCUCGCCUUCGAAUUCAAUUUAUUUGUCUAGUCCACUAAAUCGUAUUUCGUCAGCGUCCGAACCGAUGCACGGCAAGAGAGAAAAAGGUCAUGUUUACUCGCAUGUUACACGUCAGUAUUCAAUGUCGACUUGGAAAAUCAUAUCUGCAUGUUCACUUGUCACCAAUGAUUCGAGUACACCGCCCUCGCAAUUUGCUGUUGGUCCAUCAACAGCGUCAUCACGUGUUAGCAUACCAUCGAAUAAUUCAACAUCUCCGAGUGCUGAUAGGAGAAUGUCGUUACAAAUGCGAGGACGACGACCAUCGAUGUUUGAUCCAAUAGAUCCGAAAGAGUUGCAACAAGCACUCUAUGCAUCAGCAACGACAAAAGGAAACCAUUCUUCGAACGCUAAUACGGAAGAUGAUUUAACACAUUCGGUCACACAUCUCUCCAUGGCCUAUGAUCGUGACAGCGAACAUGUUUCUAUCGAUACAUUAGCAUUAGAAAAUCUGCAUCUUCUCGAUGGUUAUAUAAAUAAUAAUAAUGGCGAUAUGAUAUCGUUCUACUGUCGUAUUCGUUUAUUACCGGAGAGACGUAGUCUAUUUCAAACGAAAAUUGUUCGUUUACCACGUCUUCAAACAUCUUAUUUAUUCGACAAGAAACAACUGAAUGAAUUUGAAUUGCCAUACGAACAGUUAAAUUAUCAUGCAAUUGAAAUAUUCCUCUACAAAGUCAGCACAAUCAAACCGUUGUAUAAAGAUGUGCGAAUCGCGUCAGUCAAAUACGAUCUCAACGAAUUAUUUCAAAGUGAUCAAAGUCGACUGAGGAAAAUACUCGAUGAAUGUGAUCCACAUGCCAUUCAUCAAGAUCCUGAUCUAGGCGAAUUACUUCUCUCAUUAUCCUAUUUACAAAGUGCCGCCAAAUUGUCCGUUGUAAUCAUCGAAGCAAAAAAUCUCCGACCAUUGUCGAUUGAAACCAAAGCAUAUCCCGAUGCUUGUGUCAAAGUUACUCUAUACGAUCGUAAUGGCAAGAAAAUUAAACGGAAGAAGACCAGCGUACAACGAACAUCGGAUUGUCCGACAUUUAACGAAGAACUUGUGUUCGAACUACGUCGUGAUGUGGCAUCCGAAGCAAUUAUCGAAGUGCGUCUUGUCCACGAUUCCUUAUCGUAUAAAGAACAACUUGGUUCUGUCAUAUUCGGUCCGAUUGUAAAUAACACAUCGAAAGUGGCAAUCUGCGCGGAGAAUGUCUACUGGUCAACGGUCCUGUCUGGUGAAUCGUUGAAUGCCCAAUGGCAAACGUUGAAACCAUCGAUAAGAAUCGAGGAAUCCAAGUGA